CUUUGAGGAUCAAGGUUGAUGAUCAAAAUUGACAAUUUAAGCGUGAAUUUUAAGCUAGAUGUGUAUGUGUUUUAUCAAAUAUUAUCCUGCUCACGAAAUAUAAUCGAUGCGAAAUAUUCGCAAUAUUUCGCACAGCAGCUCCUUUCCUCUUGAUUGAAUGUUUUGCGGCCAAGUUAAAAACCGCACAUCCUUCGGCCGCUAUAAAUAAAGGAGGAAAAAGGUUUGUCUGCUCAUACUAUAUCUAACGACGCGUCGUGUCAAUACGAGCGAUUCUAGUUUAUUGUGCCCCGUGUAUCAAAAACAAAUCAUGAAAUUGCUCGCGGUAAUUUGUGCUUUAACAAUCAUUUGGAUUUACAUCACCGAAGCCAUGUGGUAUCAAAACGAUGAUCUACGUGCUCACGAUGGAGAAGUGAUAGGAUGCGCAGGAAGACGCAUGCAGCUGAAUUACCAGAUGAAAGAGGUGACAUGUAUACCAAGACGUACUUUGGUGAAAUUAAUACCGCAACCAGGCUACAUCUUCUAUCCGAAUUACGCUCCCGUAAAGAGAUGCAGUGGGUUUUGUCCCCACAACAAAUUAUGUAUGCCGGUUCGAACAGAUGUCAAAAGGAUCGUCGUAAGAAUGGACGGCUAUAACUCAAGCGAAUGUUAUCACGUAUUAGUCGAGGAGCACGUCAAGUGCAAAUGUCAAUGCAGCGUAAAGCAGAAUCAUUGCAACGCUCGCCAAAUAUAUUCGGAGAAUAAUUGCGCGUGCGAAUGUAGGAACAGGAGGAAAUGCAACGAGGAACGCCAAAUGGUUUGGAACGAAAACUUGUGCAAAUGCGUUUGCAACAAAGAAGAAAUCUGUUCGAGCGGACUCGAAUGGGUUCCUUCUCUUUGCAGGUGCGCCAAGAUUAUGGAUUUUGUACCAUCAAUGUCAGGAAAUGAUAAGAAAACGAUAAUUCAGAGGAAUUAAAAUCUAUCUUAAAAUUUUAAAGUAUUAUAAUUAUUCAAUUUGACGUGACUUCAAAAACGAGCAAUAAUAGCAGAGAAACUUUCUUAUAUUUUAUACUUCAAUUUAUUCGUCUAUUAAAUCAUACAUUUCUUUGCUAAAUGCACUAGGAUCGUGCGCUGUUGUAAAAUAACAUUAAAAAAAUUGAGCAAUAACAUAAAAUAAAUUCAUGCAAUUGUUAUAAAUAAAAUAACGCUCCUAAUUUAAUAUUGAGGAGUUACUCUACAAUCUGAGACUAUAAUCUGAAAUAUACGUUUUUUUUUUAUUAUCGAUGUCUAUAUAAAAAGUAAAAAAAGAUUGUAUCUUCAUAA